UAGCUAAACCACUAACUGUAGACGUUUUCAAGCAACCAAGCCUUGUAUUAGCCUGAAAAGGCUGUUUUACUCGUUUAUACGAUUAUUUAAUUCUUUAUUUCUCAGUCAUUGCAAGUAAAGCUACUAGCAACAAUUCUAACAAUUCCAACCAAUUCUAAAACGAAACUCCGACGUAUCAACCAUUAGCAUGUCAGACACGCCCACUAGCUAAACCACCACUGUGGACGUCUUCAAGCAACCAAGCCUUAUAUUGGCCUAAAAAGGCUGUUUUACUCGUUUAUAUGAUUAUUUAAUCCUUUAUUUCUCAGUCAUUGCAAGUAAAGGUACUAGCAACAAUUCUAACAAUUCCAACCAAUUCUAAAACGAAACUACGACGCAUCAAUCAUUAGCAUGUUAGCCACGCCCACUAGCUAAACCACCACUGUAGACGUCUUUAAGCAACCAAGCCUUGUAUUGGCCUAAAAAGGCUGUUUUACUCGUUUAUAUGAUUAUUUAAUCCUUUAUUUCUCAGUCAUUGCAAGUAAAGAGACCGAUGAGAAGAUGCGGGCCUUCGCCGAGCAGGUCUUUGCAUCCGAGACCAAAGGCGAAGACAUCCGCGAUGAAAUCUCCGUCUUCGACGUGGCUGAGGACUGUCCCAUCAUCCACCACGAGAUGGCGCACCAUCUGCAGGCUGACGACGACAUUGAGAAGCGCAAGAGGCGCUGUCGCACCAUGGCUGCUGCCCCUGUUGUGGAGGUGGACACGCCCACCUACCUGGAAGUACCAGACUUCCAGAGAGUGGCCAUCAUUGGAGACUACGCCUCAGGGGUUACUAUGGACGACUUUGAGCUGUCCUGCAAAGGUAUCUACCGCGCUUUGACCAUCAGAGAGAAGUACAUGAGGUUGGCCUACCAGCGCUUCCCACGCACUGCCUCUCAGUACCUGCGUGACAUCGAGGGCGAGACCUUCAAGGUGGAGGACCAGGUGCAGCCAGUAUUCACUCCGCCUCAAAAGGACGGCGAUGACCCAUUUGACGCCGCUAACCUUCCGGAGAAUCUGGGCUACGUUGCUCGCAUGAAGGAGGGCCUGAUCUACGUGUACGACAAUGACGCCGCCGCCGACAACCAUCAGCCGAGAGACAUCCCCUGUCCUGACUACAACAGCUUCAUCGACGACAUGAACUUCCUCAUUGCGCUCAUCGCGCAGGGACCCACUAAGACGUACACUCACCGCCGUCUCAAGUUCCUCAUGUCCAAGUUCAAUGUGCACGAGAUGCUGAAUGAGAUGGAGGAGAUGAAGGAGCUCAAGAAGAACCCACACAGGGACUUCUACAACUGCAGGAAGGUGGACACUCACAUCCACGCUGCGGCCUGCAUGAACCAGAAACAUCUUCUGCGCUUCAUCAAAAAGUCAUACCGCGUGGACGCCGACCGCGUGGUCCACAACCUCAACGGACGCGAGGUCACCAUGAAGGAGCUUUUUGAGUCUCUCCACCUGCAUCCUUAUGACCUCACCGUGGAUUCGCUGGACGUGCACGCCGGCAGACAAACGUUCCAGCGUUUCGACAAGUUCAACGCUAAGUACAACCCGGUGGGAGCCAGCGAGCUACGUGACCUCUACUUGAAGACCGAGAACCACAUCAAUGGAGAGUACUUUGCCACCAUCAUUAAGGAAGUAGCCAGUGACCUGGAGGACGCUAAGUACCAGUACGCCGAGCCUCGUCUCUCCAUCUACGGCUGCACGGCUGCCGAGUGGGACAAACUCUCCGGCUGGUUUGUCAAGCACAGAGUCUACUCCCCACACCUCAAGUGGAUGAUCCAAGUCCCCAGGAUCUAUGACAUCUUCAGAGGCAGGAACUUUGUGCCUCACUUUGGAAAGAUGCUGGAGAAUAUUUUCCUCCCUGUCUUCAAGGCCACAAUCGACCCAAAAUCCAACCCGGAUCUCAGCAUCUUCCUCAAGCAUGUGACAGGUUUUGAUAGCGUGGAUGACGAGUCCAAGCACAGUGGUCACAUGUUCUCCACCAAGAGCCCCAAACCAGAGGAAUGGGACAUCGUGAAGAACCCGUCCUACACUUACUACAUCUACUACAUGUACGCCAACAUCGCUGUGCUCAACCAGCUGAGGAGACAGCGGGGGAUGAACACGUUCACGUUCCGGCCUCACUGCGGUGAAGCAGGUGCCAUCACUCACCUGCUGGCUGCCUUCAUGACGGCCGAUAACAUCUCUCACGGCCUCAACCUAAAAAAGAGUCCAGUGCUGCAGUACCUGUACUUCCUGACCCAGAUCCCCAUUGCCAUGUCUCCCCUGAGCAACAACAGUCUAUUCCUGGAGUACGCCAAAAACCCACUGCUAGAGUUCCACAAGAAAGGCCUGGUGGUCUCUCUGUCCACUGACGACCCCAUGCAGUUCCACUACACUAAGGAGCCUCUGAUGGAGGAGUACGCCAUCGCCGCUCAGGUGUUCAAGCUGAGUACCUGCGACAUGUGUGAGAUCUCCAGGAGCAGUGUGCUGCAGAGCGCAAUGUCUCACGAGGAGAAGAUUCACUUCCUGGGUCAGCACUACCUGAAGGAGGGUCCCGAGGGCAAUGACAUCCGUAAGACCAACGUGGCCCAGAUCCGUAUGGCGUACCGCUUUGAGACACUGUGCUACGAACUCAACCUCAUCAAGGAGGGCCUGAAGUCUGAAUAAAAAGUAACGUACACACACACAAGUGGAAUUGAAUGCCAUUAUAGAGACGCUGAUGUUGUUUUCAUUUGGAGACUUUGUUGAUGACCGUGUAGUGUGAUCUUCAUUAUGGAGGAGCAUCACGUACAAGAAUGGAAGUGCAUUAAAAUGAGGAAAAACUACUGUUUCUGAGCAUGGAUGAUUCAACCAGGAUAAUAAAGCAACAAAUAGGAUCUC